GCCGUUAACACGCGUACCGCUCGAGUCGACCAUUUGAAUCGAUCGAUUCUAAUUUAUUACUAGUAAAUGCGAAUUUGAAAUAACUCGUUCCAUUUAAAUUAAAAAGUGCGACUUUUUAAUUUUGAAAUUGGAAUUCAAUUUCAAUUAUUUUUAAAUCUUGAAUAUUUUAAUUUUUAAAAGUGCGUUCGAAUUAAUUUUAAGACAUUUCUAUUUUUUUAAGGACUGUUUGGAGUGAAUAGGACGAUUUUGAUCCAGUAUUUUGUGAAAGUGUUGGAAAGACAAUCUAGUUUGAGAUGACCCCAGUGGGACUUCUGUUCAAAGUGAACAGCGAGGGAUUGUUCACUUGUCCUGUGAACGCUUCUCCCGUCGACUACGCAAAGAUAUAUCCAGACCCAGAGUCCGAGAAGGCUAUUAUGGGAUCUGUGGUGUACUGCAUCCAUCAUAAGGAGGGAUGCCAGUGGUCCGACGAACUACGCAAACUCAAGGCGCACCUGAACACAUGCAAGCACGACGCGGUGCUGUGCGCGGCGCAGUGCGGCGCGAUGAUCCCGCGCGUGUUGAUGCAAGACCACCUGCGGUACACCUGCCCGCGCAGGCGCGCCAACUGCGAGCACUGCGGGAAGGAGUUCUCGGGAAGUGCGCUUGAGGAACACCAAGGCAAUUGUGGUCACGAGCCAGUUUACUGCGAAAACAAAUGUGGCGCCAAAGUCCAACGCCGUCAUACCCAACAGCACAUCCAACAACACUGCAACAAAAGGCUCGUGCCUUGCAGACACUGUGGCCAGAGAUAUACACAGGACACGGUAGCGGCGCACGGAGCUACCUGCGCGCGCGCACCGGUGCCGUGCCCCCAGCGCUGCGCAGCCGCAGCAGUGCCACGCGACGAGUUGGAUACGCAUCUGCGUGAUCAUUGUACCGCUGCGGGCGUCGCUUGCGCAUUUAGAGAUGCUGGCUGCCGGUUUAAGGGUACAAGACAAGCCCUAGACAGGCAUACAGAAGAAAGUUGCCAGCAACACCUAGCCCUCGUCUCAGCCUUAGCUACAAGGCAGGCCAGACAACUAGAGUCCCUCAGAGCAGCAGUCGCGCGACUGUCAGUCAAUUGUUCCGGCGCGUUGGUCUGGAGGAUCACUGACUGGGCUGCCAAAAUGGCGGAGGCGAAGUGCAAAGAUGGCGUCGAGUUGGUUUCUCCCGCCUUUUACACCAGCCAGUACGGAUAUAAGUUGCAGGCGUCACUCUUCCUCAAUGGCAACGGAGCAGGCGAAGCUACCCACAUGUCAGUCUACAUCAAGAUCUUACCAGGAGAGUACGAUGCUCUACUUCGCUGGCCUUUCGCCCACACCGUCUCCUUCACCCUCUUUGACCAGAGCUCAAGCCCGGACCGAGCAUGCAACAUCGUCGAAAGCUUCGUUCCCGACCCGACGUGGAAAAACUUCCAAAGACCCUCAAAGGAACCUGAUGCAUUAGGCUUUGGAUUCCCCAGGUUCGUUUCCCAUGAAAUGCUCAAAAAGAGGAACUUUGUCAAAGAUGACGUCAUGUUUUUAAGGGUUAAGGUUGAUCCGAGCAAAAUUGUAGCUGUUUAAGUCUAGGAUUAGUAGAUGAGAUUUAGCGCAUAUGAUGCACGGUCGAGCGUAAAACCUGGGUUGAGUAAAUACUAUUGGAUGAUAGCCAAGUCGUGGUGAUUGAACUCAAAUAGAGUAACAAAAAACUUUUAAUACCGGUUAGCAAAGACAUCUGCAGCGUCUAAAGACAUUUGUGUCCUCUUUCCUAUUCUUAUUUGUAACAUUCGACCGUGUUUCGCUAUCUUUAAAGCUUUUACACAAAUACGUAUUAUAUCUAUUAGUCUAGUUACGUUAUACGGUUUAUCUAUAGAUAAAUGUUGCUGAAAUCAGCGCACAAAAUCUAAACAAGUCAUUGUUAUUUAGUAUUAAGUAACUUAAAAGUCAUCGGUUAGUUGUGAAUAUAGGUUAUGUUAGGUUAUUUUUUAGGUUAGGGUUUGUAUAAAGUUGUAUAUAUUGUUAGGUUAGGCGCAUUCGUUGCAUUGUUAUCCUUUCACUAAAGAUCUCUUGAGUUUCAAUGCCGCCAGAAGAACGUAACAAACUGAGCAUUGUUUCAAAGGAUAAAAAAUCUAAGUGUUCAAAACGUCUUGGAAAAAUCUUAUCGAACUAAACAACUUGUUUGUAAUUAACGAAGACACCUCAAUGGGAUUCUAAAACGUCAAGUUCUAUUUGUUGUUCUCAUGUAUUCAAAAGACCUUACUCGACUUGCGAACGAUGACGAAAAACGACAGGGACAGCGAUAAAAUUUAAGAUUUGCAUAAUCUUAUGUCAAACCAAUAUAUUUUUAUCACCAUGACUGUCGCUUUUUGAAAUCGCUUGCAACUUAGCUAAACCUAAAUAAGAUGUUCAGCUCGAUCAUUUUCCCAAGAUAAAACUUAUUCUAAGUCCGUGCCAUAUUGAUACGUAUUGAUAUAUCCAACAAUGUAAUAUACACACACACAUUUUUAUAGGGUACUGCAAAAAUAGUGUGUUGAGUCCGUAUGUCCGAGGGCGUUUUUGUUGGCCUUAGGAGACAUGUAGGCCUUGUUUAAAAUGCUUUCGGCCCCAACAGCCAAAACCAAACUUUGAGACAUGUUUGGCUUCGUUAUAUCGGCAGAUCUGUGUAUAUAUUUCUGUUUUAUUUUACAUAAUUUAUCCACAAAAGUUUUUUGUUAAAAUCUUUAAUUUUUGUACAUAAAAGCGGUCUGAUUUUUUUAAAGUUUGUAAAUAAUAUAUUAACAUAAAAAAGUACUAAUAAAACAACUUUCAUGUUUCUGUGUGUUUAAAGCUGGAGUUAGACCAAAGUGUUUUGAUUACUUUGCAUUAUAAAGCGAAAAAAUUAAAGUGUACAUUGAAAUCAGCAAAGUAAAUCAACAUAAAUGUAUAACACGGCUAAAGCUGUAUGUAAUUAUGUAUUUUUAUAUAUUUUUAAGAAUGUUUAUGUUCCAUUUGGUCUCGUGUGUGUGUUUUUUUAAAACUUUCUUAAGCAAUUACUUUAAAGUAAUCCCAACGUGUUUGAUUCUUAAUGUAAAUUCAACAUCGGUGCAUAUUCUGUCAUAAAAAUAAUAAUUUAAUUUUAGUUUGACAGUUCUAAAACUACGACUAAUUCAACAAAUUAAAUUCGACGUUUCUUUAACCUCAUAGUCAUAAGGAUUAAUUUUCCAUCCUUGCUCCCAUUUAUUAUGAAUCUGCUCAUCAUUUGAUCCAUUAAAUUGCACCUAUAGCUCUAUCUCUUUCUUCCCUUAGUAGUUAAUGAAGAUAGUAGCUACAGAGUUGCCAAACUAAAAUCAAAUCGUUCACGACAGAAUCAGCACAAUUCUUCCUUUCAACUGUAAUUGGAUCUCUAUGAAUGCUUGAUCUAAGUGUGUCUAUCUCAACCGCAAAGUAACAUUCCAGAAAACAUAAUUCUAAGUCCGGUUGAAAUCUAAAAUCCUUUUUAAUUGUAUUUACUGAGACUGAAUAUUUUAUUAAGUAAAUGGCAAUAAAACACCUAUUAUUUUAUUCUUCUAUUUUUAUCUUCCAUAUUGCACCAAUAAAAAAAUAUAAGUAAGUUAAUAUUUAUUCUGACCACACUAAAUAAAAAAGACAUAUUUCUUUUUUGCUACAUUAUGGUUUACGUUUAAUCCAAAUUCUUAUUUUUUUUAAUAGUCACUAAGUUUUUUUUUUAACUAUUGCCAUUUCCUUUAAAUAACGAACAUCAACAUGAAUAAUUAUAAAUGUUUCUAUUUAGAUUAACUAGGCAUUGAAGUCUAGAUUUAAUUAGUAAGUACCUUAUCUGUAACAGAAAUGAGACUAACAAAACAAAGUAGUGUAAGUCUAGAGAUAUAGGUUCUAGUGUUUAUGUUAGAAUAAAUCAUCACUGUACAUGAUUUAGAUAUAUAAGAUGGAAAUAUAUUUCUUUUUCGUAAA